GUUCGUCGGACUACAUCUGCAAAUGCAGUGCCGGCUAUACGGGAAAGCGCUGUGAAAUGAUGUCCUCCAUGUCGUUCAGAGAGGGCUCUUAUCUAGAAUUGGAUCCCUUGAAGACCAUCCCUGACGUGAAUUUGACGCUCAAGUUUGUCACCCGAAAGGAGUCGGGAGUUGUGCUGUAUUGGGGAGAGAGUCAACACUUGGCCGUAGAGUUGUUUAAGGGAAGAAUCCGUAUUAGUCUGGAUGUCGGCAAUUAUCCGGUCUCUACAAUGUUCUCCUAUGAGAUGGUAAGCGACGGACGCUAUCAUCAAAUGGAGUUCUUAUUGGUCAAGAAGAACAUCACAAUGAGAGUAGACGGCGGACAACAGCGCACUAUCGUUAACGAAGGUUCCAAAGAAUACUUGGAGUGCAAGUCGUCGUUAUAUAUCGGAGGAAUGCCUGAAAAGGUGGCCAACAAUGCCCUCAAGAAUUGGCAGAUUUGGAAUUCUUCGAGUCUCGAAGGAUGUAUGCGUGAGAUAUUGAUCAACGGAAACCCGCCUGACCUGAACGGUGCCCGCCGUCAGCAUUUGGUACAACCGGGUUGUGUAGAGUUCGAUGACAUCAAUAAGCCGUGUCUCAAUCAUUUGUGCCAAAACGGCAAAUGCGUGCCGACUAGUGAUCAGCAGACAUAUGAAUGCAAAUGCAGGAGUGGAUGGAACGGUCCCUUUUGUGAUCAGGCGCCCACCUGUCAGAAAGAAAUGAAACGAGACUUCUAUUACUCGGACACUUGUCGGUCGACCAAGAAAUUAAAAUUAUCGCAAUGUGUGGGCAGUUGUGGUGACAACUGCUGCAAAGCGUUGAAGAGUAAGCGCCGAUCGGUGCGCAUGGCCUGCACUGACGGAUCCAAGUUUACCAAAGAGAUUGAAAUGGUCCGCAAGUGUGGCUGUAGUGGCAAGUGUUGAGUCACCGAUAUAUACACAAGUAUUCACGAGUAUUCAAAAGCAAUUACAAAUGCCAUCUAAAAGCUAAUACUUACUAAUUUGAUGCCAAAAGGAUUAUGACAACUAAAUAACUCAUUAAUAAAUUCAUUUCAAUG